UAUUUUUAUUCCUAAUAUGGCAACAUCUGAAAGUGAUGAUUUUGAAAGUGCUGAUGAAGAACUAAAUGCUAGAACUGAACAAACUAAUAAAUGUAAGAAAUAUACAUCUAUAGGUUCAGAUAGUGAUGAUGAUUUAGAUUAUAUACCAGUACAAUAUAAUAAUGCAGUAAGAGGAUCUAACAAAGAGGAGCAUAAAAUUUCAUCUUACCGAAAGAACAAUUCAAUUUAUAAAGUUAAUGAUCUGGCAGCUGACAUAAAAGCAGAAUCAAAGAGUGUUUCUGAUUUUAAAAUAUCUCAAAAUAAUAUCGAAAUUACCAAAAAUAAAGAAAAAUCAAAUAAUAUAAAUUUAAAUAGUAAAAUUAUUUUAGAGUGUGAAAAUAAUUUUUGUCAAUCGAAUAAAGAUUCAAAUACAAAUAAAUUAAAGGUCAUUUCAAUUCAACAAGAUAGGCCUCAAAGACAGCAAAAAAUAAGAGAAACUCAAUUAUUAGGCGUUAUGAAAAUAGGUACAGACAAAAUUGACAAACUACCAGAUUUAGAAAUAACAAGCAAGACUACAAGUAGGGAAUUUAAUAAAAGCAAACUAAUGAAUGAAUCAAGCAUGAAAUCAUAUGAAAAUAAAUUAAAAAAUAAAAUGAAAAAUGAAGCACCAGUAAAUGUACCCGAAGAAUUGAUGUCCAAUUUAAAAUUUAAAGACAUUUUUCAUCCAGAUGGUUGGGAAAGUUUAAAGAAUGAUAUUGAAAUUCCAGAUCUUUCAGAUGAUGUAUACCAUCCUAUAGAUAAACUUUCUUCUAGUAAUAUAGAACAAGACAACUCUAACGUCAGUUGGAGUAAAUGGGGAAAUUGGGGCAUGACUUCAUUAUUUAAUACUGCUACUGUUGGAGUAUCAACAUUGACUAGUCAUGUUAGCCAUGGAUUGUCAUUCUUAGAAGAAACAAUGGGAGUUACAGAUCAUAUAAAUUUGGUUAAAUCAAAAAAUCAUUUGAAAGAGAAAUUGCAAUUUAAUGAAGAAAAGACUGAAGAACUAAAAGAAAAUGUGCCUUCAACUUUAACCUCAUCAUUUGUUUUUGGUAAUUUUGUAUCGAGUGUGUCAUCUAUCACAAAAUUAGUAGAAUCUACUAGCACAAAGGUAAUUUCUAGUGGACUCGAUACCCUUGAGACAAUAGGAAAGAAGACUAUGGAAGUUUUGCAAGAAGGCGAUCCUGGUUUUAAAAAAAAACGAGCAUUAUUCUUGAAUGAUAAUGAAAAACCUAUUCUCUCUCAAAUCCUUGAAGAAGCUAAAGAAAAAACAGAUAUUGAAGAAAAAUCUGUAGAAGAACAGCGGCUAACAACAAAAAAUCAUUUUGAAAGCAUUUUUGAAGAUUAUCAAGGAUUAAUGCAUUUAGAGGCUUUAGAAAUACUAUCUAAACAGUGUAAUAUGAAAAUUCAACAGCAAUUAAUUAAUCUUGAUGGUAGUGAAUUAACAUCCAUGCAGGAAACAUUAGACGAAGUUAAAGAUUUGUGUGAUCUUGGAGAUGAAGAAGAUGAAAAUGAUGAACAAGAUAAAAAAGAUUUGAAAGAAAAGCUGCAAGUGGCUUGUAAAGAUUUAGAUAUUUCUAUAACAUACGAUAAACUUGUAGAUAUUUCCAAUGAUGUAAAGCUUAAAUUUUCACAAGAAAAUUCAAAAAAUAUGUUAUUCAGAGAAGUUUUUCAAGAAGCAAUAUUAUCUUUAGCCAAAUUUACAGGAUAUUCUAUUGAAAGAUUUCAUAAAACGGCAGAACUUCUUUUAAUCAAGAAACACAGAAGUACUGUCAAUGAAGCUGAUUGUUUAAUUCAGUUAACAAACAUUUUAUCAUCUCAAAUUUGUUUUAUAGCCAAUAUUCAUUGCUAUUAUUUAAGUAACAAUUAUAAAAAUGAGACAAAUAAAAAUAAUAUUCAGGCAGUUCUUAAUAAAAUUUCUUUGGAAGCAACUAAUGCAAGUUCAUACAUCCAAGAAGCAUUUAAAUUAUUAAUCCCAAUUUUACAAGUUGGUGCAAUCUAAAAAAUGGUUAAUUAUUAUAUAAUUAUAUAAAAAUUUAUAACUUUAACUACAAAUUUAUGAAGAUCAGUAUCUAU